UUUACAUUAAAAUUAUUAAGUUUAUUAGGCAGUGAAUAUAGUUGCAUUAUGGGAAUAAGGUUCAUUUUUUUUAUUUACAGAGUUUUGUCAAGCCGUAAUUUAGAUCAAGAUGGCAGCCGGUGAUGGCUUAAAAAAUGCCGUAAUGGAUGUUUAUCACGAAGGAAAAUGGCGACAAGUAGUUGUUUGCUUGGAAGACGACUGCCUUAUUUUAAAUAUAGAAGAAAAUAUAGCAAUAAAUGGAGUAUUACCACCCAGUCCAAAAGAUCCUCAUAAAUCAGAAAAAAUUUCAGAGUCUAGUAACAGCAGUGAUGUUGAAGUUCCUGAUCAUAUUGCUAAUAUUGUCCGCGUUGUUCGAGUCGUUAAGCAAGAAGUUGGUGGUCUUGGAAUAAGCAUUAAGGGGGGUAAAGAAAAUAAAAUGCCUAUUUUAAUUUCAAAAAUAUUUCAGGGGUUAGCUGCUUACCAGACAGACAGUUUAUAUGUUGGUGAUGCGAUUUUAGCUGUUAAUGGAGAAGAUUUAAGGAAUGCAACCCACGAUGAGGCUGUGCAAGCUCUUAAAAAAGCUGGAAGAGAAGUAGAAUUAACUGUGAAAUACUUAAAAGAAGUUACACCUUUUUUUAAACGAACUUAUUCGCAAUCUAGUUGGGGCGAACAACAAAAUCAAAAUACUAAUGGAAAAGAACACACCAAUGUCACAAAAUCGUAUGUGGAAUUUAAACGUAUACCAUUAAAAUUUUGCUAUGUGACAAAGUAUGUAAGACUAUUAGGAGUUGAAAACAAUGGCUUUGAAAUAUAUACUCCUGAUGGGAGAUCAGCUGCUAUUCUUCAAAGUAAAGAUAUUGCAACAGUAAAUCUUUGGUUUAACUCUGUUCAUUCAUCAAUAGCAAAUCAAACACUAAUAGCUAAAGAUGAGUCUAAUAAAAUUCUUCGGGACCAGCCAGGAAAUCAAGAAAUUCGGAUCAUGGGAUGGUUAACUGAACAAGUUCAAAUGCCGGAAAGCAGUCGACCUGAAUGGAAGCCUGUAUUUGCUGCAAUUACUGAUAAAGAUAUUUUGCUUUAUGACAUGGUGCCAUUGUCAUCUCAGGAUUGGUCACAACCCUACAUAAGCCAUCCACUUCUAGCUACAAGACUAGUUCACUCCGGAGCUACUGGUAGUAAUUCUGUUAAUGGUGCAGAAUUAACAUUUAGUACUCGCACUGGUACCAGUCAUGGUGUUGAAUCACAUCUUUUUCGAGUUGAACGCCCAAAAGAACUUGCUACAUGGUCACAUGCUCUCGUAAAUGGGGCACAUCAUGCUGCAAAACUCAUUAAAGAAAUUAUUUGCGCUGUAACGUGGUGCGGUCAAGAAUGUCGGCUAACUUUACAUUGGGAAAAUGGUUUCACUCUUAUGGACUCCAACAAGAAUAGCCUAAUUUGGAGUUAUCCAUACGAAAAAUUGCGUAUGUCUUCAGAUGAUGGAAAGCGCCUAUUAUGGUUGGAUUUUGGUGGUGACGAAGGAGAGCAGGAGUUUGAUUUACGUGGUUGCCCCAAGCCUGUAGUAUUUGUUCUACAUACCUUUUUAUCUGGAAAAACGUCUCGGCUUGGUGUAAGUACCUAACGAAGUAUUAGGCUGUUCUGCAUAAUUUUUUUAAUCAAAGCAAUGAGUAUCAAAUGAUCUUAUUUCAAUUAUCGAAAUAUUACACAUUUCUCUCACAGUAAACAGCAACUUAUAACACCGAAGCAAUUAUUUGAAGUAAAAUCUUCUAUAAUUAAAGACUGGUAAUAUAUUUUAGGUCUAUGCAACGACGGCCUUUUAAAUUGCGUUAACUGACGGCCUUUUAAAUUGCGUUAACGACGGCCUUUUAAAUUGCGUUUAAAGUGAUGUUCUUUUCUAUGAAUGCUUUUUACAAAACAAGUUUUAUGAAAACCUUGCUAUUAUGGUUGCAACGGUAAAUACCUUUUCAAAAUUACAAUUAUAUUUCUAUAUUUAUUUAAUUAUUUUUGUAAUGAAUUUAUACUUGUAAGUAAAUAUAUACAUAAACACAAA